AUGGCAUAUAGACACAGAAACCCUUUCAGGGCACAAUUUGCAAGGGAACCGGAGGGUAUUGUGCCAGAACACCCUGUACACCGCGCAUUGCCGGUGGAGGAUAGCACCAGGUCGACUAUGAGUGGCACCGACACCCCCGUCGCCCAGAGCACUUUCAACCACGCACGCUAUCUCACUUUCAACAACUGCCAUUUCACCCAAGCCUCGCCGACGUAUGUUAAAGACCAGAUGCUGAUCCGCAAGGUCAGCAUGGAGGAUUCUUCCACUGCGAAGGAAGAUGGCGUGAACAAGCCUUUGAAUGACUCAAGGAGCCUGUUGGCCUCCCCGGAGGAUAACAUAGUCUCUUCCCCUGUAGGAAUAUUGGGCGUGGUCAUUCUUGUUAGUUGUGUGACAUCCUUGAUCAUACGAAAGCUGUAG